AUGAAGAGAGCCACAAUUUCAGUCUGGUUGCUAAAUGACAGUCAUUUUUGGAGGAGGAUUAUUAAUAUAGGAACCAGUUCUAAUACUGGGUUGGUGCCUGAUUUUGACGGAAAUUCAUUUCCCUGUCUACUGAAGAUGUAUGAUUCUCCUGAGUCGGAUUUGAAGCUGAAUGAUGUAUUCGAGUUUAUUGGUGUCCUUACUUUUGAUACAGAGCUUAAAACAGAUGCCGAUGAGGUUACUGAACUGAAUAACAGUUUAUAUGAAGAAGAAUUGACUCAUCUGCCCCCUAGCAAGGUGCCUCGUAUCCAUUGUCUAGUACACAGGAAACUAGCAGUUCAUGACUUUCUUUCAAGUCCCACAAUGUUGGAGCCCAAACCAUUCCUGGUGAAAGGGAUAAGAGAAACACUGUUGGGGCAUCUCACAGCUGUUCUUGGAAAUGACGGGCUAGCAGCUCAGUUCAUGUUAUUACACCUUUUAUCCAGGGUACAUGCUAGGGUGGAUACAGUUGCUGUGGGAAAGCUUUCACUAAACCUUACUUGUUUAAACAAGGAAAGCAUAUCUAUUUUUGGAAACCGUUUAAACCUCGCGAUCAGGAACCUUGUACCUUUUGCACAUUCUCUACCUCUCACCAUUGAUUACCUUAAUUCUGUUUCUCUUGCCCCAAGAAAGGAUUACCAGAUAAACAGAUUGGUUUCUGGAGCUUUACAACUAGCUGAGGGCACUCAUUUAACUAUCGACGAGACUCAGUUACAAACAGGGACCCUUAACUCGACUGGAGUUGAUAAUGCAAGAGUGCUGAAAAGCUUGACGGAGUUGCAAAAGGUGGAGUAUGAAUUUACAUACUAUAAAAUGGACAUGGCUGCAGACAUCCAAAUGUUAAUUCUUUCUGAGGGAAAAUCUAAUAUCUUACCCGCUGAUUUGGUGUUGCCUUUGCGUCCAUCCUCGGUAGACUGUUAUGGUGAUGUGGACCCAGAACUACUGAAAGCUUGGAGAUGGUACUUAGCUACUAUGAGAUCAUUGCCACAUUCCAUUGAGCAGGAGAUGCAGAAGGUGGUAGAAGAUGACUUGGUUGCUGCAAGGCAAGCUGAUAGAAGCUUAGGAAGCCAAGAACUCAGCAGAUUGCUUACUAUGGGGCGAUUGGUUUCGGUGAGCUUUGGUGACACGUGUCUGUCAUUGGAUCAUUGGCAGAUGGUGAAGGAGCUGGAGAGACUGAGGAGGGAAAGGCUCCAGGGGAGUGUGUAGGUGAAGCAAGGGAAAGAUGGGAGAAGAGAGUCAGAGAGUGUUACUACUUUUGUCAAUCUGGUAGACAAUGUGAGAGGCGUUGUGAUGAAGUAGUGUUGUAAAGAAGCUCAUCUUGUAACUGUCAGCAUCUAAAUUCAACCUUAUGGUAAUGCAAAAUGUAAAAUGACUGAUUAAAACUUGAUUUGCACUUAUUAGCACGCUGGAAGUUACAUUACAUUGUAGUAUGAUAUCUUCGGGCAAUUUAAUUUUAGUAUAUACAUGAAGCGAGAGUUCUUUA